AUGCGCUUCCACGCAUUUCUAGGAUUUGCUGUGGUUUUAAUCCAAAGUCCCCACACGGCAGCCGAUUAUACCACAACCAUCAACGCCCAGUCUAAUCGCGGAACCUGGGAUGGGUGGGGGACGUCGCUCGCAUGGUGGGCCAAGAAAUUCGGCGAUCGUGCAGAUCUAGCCGAUAUAUUGUUCACCUUGAAGACGACGACACUGUUAGGACUAAACCUGCCUGGCUUAGGGUUCAACAUCGCACGCUACAAUGCCGGCGCAUGUAGCUCGAACACCUACGAUAGCACGAGCAUGGCAGUGUCAGCGAACAUUAAAAGCUCAAGACAAGUCGAUGGCUACUGGAUUAACUGGGCCAGUGAGGACCCGACGUCGUCGAGUUGGAACUGGUCUGUCGAUGGAACGCAGCGCCAGGCUCUUCGCAAUGCGAUAGACAGAGGAGCAAACAGAAUUGAGCUGUUCUCUAACUCACCCAUGUGGUGGAUGUGCAAGAAUAAGAAUCCGUCUGGCGCUAGUGAUGGAAGUGAGAACAUUCAGUCCUGGAAUUUGGAGCAGCACGCUAUAUACAUGGCCAACGUUGCCAAGUAUUUCAAGGACAACUGGAAUGUGCAAUUUGAGUCUGUCGAUCCAUUUAACGAGCCUUCUGCCACUUGGUGGAACUCCGCCGGCACGCAGGAAGGUUGUCAUUUCAACGUGGCCACCCAAGCUACUGUCAUCAACCACCUUCAUAAUCACCUAGCCAGUCGUGGGCUUUCAACCGUAAUUUCGGCAUCGGACGAGUCUUAUUUUGACCAGGCUGUUACAAAUUUGCAAACCAUUGGAAGCACUGCGAUUGGCCAAAUCUCGCGCGUCAACGUCCACGGCUAUCAGGGAGGAUCAGGAAGAAGGGAUACGUUAUAUAGCCUGGCAUCUGCUGCCGGCAAGAAACUUUGGAACAGCGAAUAUGGGGAUGGAGUCGGUUCUGGUCUCGAUAUGACCUCUAACCUCCUCCUGGAUUUCAGGUGGCUGCUCCCCACGGGAUGGGUCUACUGGCAAGCACUCGAUGGGAGCGGCUGGGGGCUUGUACAAGCAGACAACGACUCCGGUCAGAUCACCGCAGUCAACCAAAAGUACUGGGUCCUGGCGCAGUUUUCGCGACAUAUCCGCCCUGGCAUGCGCAUUCUCGAUGGUGGCAACUCUAACGUGGUUGCUGCAUACGAUGCCAGCAGCAAGAAGCUCGUCAUUGUCGCUGCCAACUAUGGCACAGCUCAGUACAUCAAUUUCGAUCUGUCUGGGUUCUCCCAGCGCCCCGCAAACGGCGCCGCGGUGGUUCGUUGGAAUACACAGAUUGAUGGCGGCGACAGAUAUGUGCAGUAUUCUUCCGACACAGUCAUGAGCGGAACUAAGUUCUGGUCGUAUUUCUCCACGAAUAGCGUGCAGACCUUCGAGCUCACUGGCGUCGUCCUGUGAAAUGUAUCUGGCUUUCAUCUUCAAAUAGCAAUGUAAAUAUCUGGAUAUUCAUCACGCUGGAAUGAGACACUAUUUGCAAGUGUACCCACGUAGCUAAAACUUGUUAUAUUUUGACUUGAAGUUAAAAGGAAAACUAUCAACCCCCACAAACUCAAUAUCAAUUCAAUAUUCUCGAC